AUGUCUGCCCUCAAUGAGCAUGCGCGGCAAAUCGCCCGGCACCCAUUGCUGGGAGGCGACAUAGAUUUUAAGCUGUGCGAGAGCGGCGGGGCAAGAAACAGUGCCGCGACUGUGGAGUCGGGAUUCGAUCGGCUGCGCGUCAGCGUGGUGGAGGAGGUGGUGGCGAUGGGGCCGCGCGCGGUGGGGGGGGCCGACCCGGGCAAGGAUGCGGGCAGGCACGUGUCUCCAUGGGAGUUUCACGACAUGCUGGCUUGCGGUGAUGGGUGUGGGUCGCGGGUGCUGCUGGACGUUCGAAAUUGUUACGAGAGCGCAAUUGGGGCGUUCCGGGUGGACGGGUUGCCCACGCUGAUCCCGCAGGUGAGGACCUUUUCCGAGCUGCCCGGGUGGAUCGACCGGAACCUCGAGGCGCUGACGGACAAGACGGUGCUGAUGUACUGCACGGGCGGCGUGAGGUGCGAGAGGGCCUCGGCGUUCCUGCGCGAGAGGGGGGCGGCCUUCCGGGACGUGGUGCAGCUGGAGGGGGGCAUAUGGCGAUACAUGGACGCCUACCCUGACGGGGGCUUCUUCAAGGGCAAGAACUUCGUUUUCGACGAGAGGGUGGCGGUGUCCAGCGGAGAUGGGACCGUGGUUGGGAGGUGCCUGGCCUGUGGACGGCCGUGGGACGAUUACGGAGGCAGGCACAGAUGCGCUCACUGCAGGAUGCUCAUGCUCCUGUGUCCGGAUUGCGAAUCGCUUGCGUCGGGCAGGCUGGCUUGCGGUUUGUGCCAGCAAGGAGGGGGGUUGGCCACGGGCGGGCCCCAGCAGCCCCGUCCUGCGCGUCCGAGGAGGAAGCUCAAAAUCCUUUGCCUUCAUGGUUUCAGGCAGACGGGCAAGGCGUUCCGUGGGCGAACCUGCGCCCUCAGAAAGAAGCUGAGAGACGUUGCGGACUUUCGCUUCAUUGAUGCUCCACACAAACUGAUCUUCUACUCGAAACAUGGCCAGAUUGCUAGAACUAACAGCGCUGUCGAUAUUGAGCCCGCUGCACUGUCGCCUUGCUCGGAAACCGAUGGAUGCCGUUCAUCGCAGAGUAGGCUUGGGUCACUGGGCACCAAGGAGCAAGGACCAAACAUGCCAGAAACGAAAGGCCAUCCUGUUGUGAAGCGAGCAUGGUUGAUAAACCCGGAGAUCGAUGUACUCCCUGAACAGCCCGCCAGUGAAAAUGGGGCUUGUUGGUUGGCCGCUUCGGACGCAAUGAACCAUGACCAAUACAAGAAUCAGACGUUUGGAUGGGAGGAAUCGUGGAAAUGCUUAAGCGAGGUGCUCAGCAGCGAACAAUUUGAUGGCAUUUGGGGUUUCUCUCAAGGUGCUUGCAUUGCCGCAGUCGUGUGUGCCUUGCAGGAGGAACGACAGCGGUUGCAGAGAGCCGAGGGAGGAGAUAGUUCAACAAAUGAUGGAAGGAAUUUGGCAGACAGCGACGAGUCUCUGACAACAAUAUUGGACACACAACGCCCUGAAAGUGCACCUUUGGUGGCAGACAACCGCUGCACUGACGACGGGUUCGAUGACUGCACACCAAAAGUGUCUAACAGCAAGCACCUCACAGCUGUUCGUUUUGUUGUUCUUGGCUCAGGAUAUCCAUCGCCUGUCGAAGAGCACAAGGCUCUGUUUCGAAGGACAGGACUGCUGCAGGUACCGUCACUGCAUGUGUUCUCAAAUGGGAUUGCAGAUCGCCAGGUGCCACGACAGGACAGUGAAGAUGUGGCGAUGCUUUUUCGAGCUGAAAGUCGGCAAACCAUCGUCCAUGAUGCUGGGCACAUCAUUCCUGUCGCAAAGACGCACAUUGAGGAGUACAGGCGGUUUCUUGAACGGUUCUUGGAUGCGAACGACGAAGGGGAUUAG